UACAGUUCGAUGCGCAUCGGAAUCGGGUGACGGAGCAUGGAGGCACUCUUGGGGCCCAGAUUCGAGGCCCAAACAGGAGGCAAUCGUUCCGUGCUGGACAACGUACUGCCCGACAUGGCGCCUCUGGUCAAUCCGUACUGGAGUCGCUUCGCCCCCAUGGAUCCCACAAUGAGCAAGAUCCUCGGCCUGUUCACGCUCGUCAUUCUAAUCAUCUCGUGCUGCGGCAAUGGCGUGGUGGUCUACAUCUUUGGCGGCACCAAGUCCCUGCGCACGCCCGCCAACCUGCUCGUCCUCAACCUGGCCUUCUCCGACUUCUGCAUGAUGGCUUCGCAGUCGCCGGUGAUGAUCAUCAAUUUUUACUACGAGACCUGGGUGCUGGGGCCACUGUGGUGCGACAUUUAUGCGGCCUGCGGCUCCCUGUUCGGCUGUGUGUCCAUCUGGUCCAUGUGCAUGAUCGCCUUCGAUCGCUACAACGUGAUCGUGAAGGGCAUCAACGGCACGCCCAUGACCAUCAAGACGUCCAUUAUGAAGAUUGCGUUCAUUUGGAUGAUGGCUGUGUUCUGGACGAUCAUGCCGCUAAUCGGCUGGAGCAGCUAUGUGCCCGAGGGCAACCUGACUGCCUGCAGCAUCGACUACAUGACGCGACAGUGGAAUCCGCGCUCCUACCUCAUCACCUACUCCUUGUUCGUCUACUACACGCCGCUCUUCAUGAUCUGCUACUCCUACUGGUUCAUCAUCGCCACCGUAGCCGCCCACGAGAAGGCCAUGCGGGAUCAGGCGAAGAAGAUGAACGUCAAGUCGCUGCGCAGCUCCGAGGACUGCGACAAGAGCGCCGAAAACAAGCUGGCCAAGGUUGCCCUGACGACCAUAUCGCUGUGGUUUAUGGCUUGGACACCCUACCUCAUCAUCUGCUAUUUUGGACUCUUCAAAAUCGAUGGUCUAACGCCCCUCACCACCAUCUGGGGUGCCACCUUUGCCAAGACGAGCGCCGUCUACAACCCCAUCGUGUAUGGCAUCAGUCAUCCCAAGUACCGCCUGGUGCUCAAGGAGAAGUGUCCCAUGUGUGUGUGCGGCAGCACGGAUGAGCCCAAGCCGGAUGCGCCCCCAUCCGAUACGGAAACCACAUCCGAGGCAGAGUCAAAGGCUUGAGCUGGGGGAAUAUAUUCGUAUCUACGCAAUUGCCUUCAAGAGGCACAAAAAUGUCGAAAAAAAAACGUUAAAUGCAACCAUCAUAAAAAUGAUGUAAAAAAUGUAAAAAAAAAAAGAAAUGGCAUUAAACCUGACGGAAUAUUGAACUUUA